AUGGUGUCAGAGUCGAUAUCGGGGGUUUGGACCUUAUACACGAACGCAACUUCCAACGUGAAAGGGUCUAGGCUCAGAAUAGUCUUAAUCACGCCUUCGGCGGAAACCCUAAGGCAAGCCAUCAGAACGGUCCAUUUAACUAACAAUGAAGCAGAGUAUGAAGCUUUGAUUGCAGGGCUCGAAUUAGCCCGGGGACUUGACUCUGAAGUCAUCGAAAUCAAAUGUGACUUACAGCUGGUGGUAAAUCAGGUCUACGGGAUCUUUGACACCAAAGAAGAACAUAUGCAACAAUACGUGAAAAAGGUCCAGGCUCUGUUGGCACGAUUCUGGGAAUGGUCAAUUACUCAUAUCCCGAGGGAGGAUAACACAGAAGUAGAUGCAUUGGCAAACUUGGGCUCAUCGACAGAAAUAAAGGAACCGGAGUCAGUGACGGUAGUGCAGCUAAUGAACUCAGUCCUGGAUACAGAUGGUUACUAUGAGGUAAAUUCGACUGGUUUGGUCUGGGACUGGAGAAAUGAAAUAAUCGACUAUCUCGAGCACAAGAAGUUUCCUGAAGACCCUAAAGCAUCCUGGGCAUUGCGCAAUACAGCUUCAAGAAAGGAUAAUUAUAUAGAAAAUCUUUCCAAGGACCAUUGCCGCGUCUUAGGGACAUCCGAAGCUAACUAUGUCAUGAAAGAGGUCCACGAAGGAAUAUGUGGCAACCACUCGGGCGCAGAUUCCUUGGUGCUGAAGUUCGUGCGGGCAGGAUAUUACUGCCCCCGCAUGGAACAGGACGCCAAAGCUUUCGUACGAAAAUGUGAUAAGUUCCAACACUACGCACCGCUAGUGCAUCAACCGUUAGAACCUUUAUAUUCGAUUCUAUCCCCGUGGUCGUUCAUGAAAUGGGGAAUGGACAUCGUCGGACCGCUGCCAUCGGCUCCCAGAAAGGUUCGGAAUACCAAAAGAGAUUGCGUGCAAAAAUGGGCCACAGUUUAUCGGUGCAAAAGUUACAAAGUUCCUCGAAGAUUUGAAAAUAAAGAGGAUCACAUCUUCACCCUAUCAUCCAAGUGCAAACGGUCAAGCGGAAUCAAAGAACAAGGUGAUUAUUCAAAACCUCAAAAAAAAGUGGAAGCAGCAAAAGGCAAUUGGCCCGAAGAAUUACCCGGAGUUCUAUGGGCCUACCGAACAACGGCCAAGUCAAGCAAAGGAGAAACUCCUUUUUCCCUGGUGUAUGGUGCAGAACCUCUAAUCCCGGUAGAAGUAGGUGAACCUACCUUAAGGUAUUUCCAGGCAGAUGAGGAAUCAAACAACGAAGCAAUAUUAAUCAACUUGGAGCUGCUUGAGGAAACAAGGGACUUGGCACAUGUAAGAAUGGCAACUCAAAACCAGAGAAUGAAGCGGAGCCCAAUGCUGGAAGGUCCUUACCGGAUUUCAGCUGUCACCGAGAAAGGUUCAUACGAGUUGGAGAACCAAAAUGGAGACAAGUUGCUCAGAAAUUGGAACGUGGCGCACCUCAAAAGAUAUUAUUGCUGA